AUGGCACAAGAACAGCCAUCUGCCCCAGAUUAUCCGUAUCCAGAUGGGGUCACCAUUGAGUGGCGGAAUGCGACUACACCACCGCCCCAGGGGGACCUGUUCGAGGAUGGAGUGCUUCAGAUUGACCCAGUAACGGGCGUCCUGUACAAGCGAGUGUUUGCGCACCGGAUGGUCCACAGGCGGGUUUACACUUGUAACUGCCACUUGAAGAGCAGGCCUCCGCCGCACAGGGAACUGAACCCCGAGAAAUUUGCAAUUGAAUUAAACGCCCCCAGAGGAGAGAAUUCCUUGAUCAACUGUAUCUCCAGAGGGAUGUACGAGCCAGCAAUCAGAGAUGCAUCGUACCCUCCAUGUCCUCAGUGUCGCCGGGACGACGCCCAGCUCACUGGUUCUUUCAAAAAGUUUUACUACUUACCAGAGGUAUUUACCGUUAAUGUCGCCUAUAUAACUGGCGGCAAGGCAGACUUUGAGCAGGGGUGGGUGGACCUUCCUCAAACGCUUGAUCUAUCAAAUCUAUGUGAUAGAGACGAGGACAAGGCUUUGUCGAAAUACACACUACGUGCAGUAGUCCUUUGGAUCGGCUCUCAAAGGGCAAACGGGAGUACAUCUGGACACUACAUAAGCUACGUCCGCCGUGGUAUGGACGAUAAUUGGGUCUUCCUCGAUGACAACAAACAAUAUUUCAGUCCGAAUAGGAGGCAAAUGUUAAAUGGAGAGCAGAUCGUCGAGAAAGUCAGACUUGCUGACAUCACUGCCCGCAUCGGGCCGGGAGCGAGAAAACAUCGGCCUAGAUUGCUGUUCUACACCAGAGACCGGCCGGACUCUUCCAAUGACGACGAUGAUGAUGGUGAAGGGAUUAGACGCCAGGAGGCUCAGGAGGCUGCGGAACAACGAGCCACCGAAGCCCAGGAAGCGAGAGACAAUGGAGCGCUUCAACAGAUUGCGACAGAUCGGGCGACCAGACGGACGAACGCAGAAUCCCACGCUAAUAAGCCGAUAAAUGUACGGCUCAGGCCUACCCGUCACCGCGGAGCCACCCAGGGCGAGGCUCCGCAGCCGCAAGGGCGCUGCAACUGUGGAGGGCCCCGCGCUCAAGCCGGCAGGGGCGGGAGUCAUCAAGAGACACCACAAGGCAGCCGUACGGUGGAGCGACGUUCCGGCGAGGGCAGCAGCACGCGAACCGCGGGGCGCGCCUCCAUGCGCGGCGGCGCCGGGGAAGAAGAACUCGAAGAUUAUGAAGAGGAAGAACAAGAGGUCGCGGGGGGUGAAGAACAGGCCGAGGGCGGAGACGCCGGCGCAAAUGAUAAUGGCGGCAGUAGUGAUGCUAGUGAUGUUACCGUUAAUUGGCCUCGAGCGCCUGAAGCACAACAGACUGACGCUCCCGAGGACCUGGAGAAUGCUGCAACUUGGCCCUACGAAAGGUUCAGGGUAGCGUUCAAGAACGUGUUUGGCAAAAACCCGCCAGGCAGAAGGCCCCGUGUGGACGAAGGCGGCAUAGAGCCAGAUCGAGGCACAAAUGCUGCGAAUCUCAUAGACCACUUCGAUCGGACGAAGCCGCAGAACUGGGAAGCGGCCGCAUUGCAGACGUUGAAGGCGGCGACAGCUGAGCGGCUAGAAAAACUAGAAGCAGCCGCGGAGAAGGCAGGACAGAGCACCGAAGGACUGAAAGAUAGAAUGCCGAAGGGCGGAAAGUGCUUACCGUACGUCAGAUGGCUGACAGCAGACGAUCAAGUGAUACAUGCAGCAGAAUUGAGGGGGGCACAAGCGCAACGGAGACGAGAUCAGGAGCCACAGCAACGGAGCGGUGCCGAAGACGAAGAAGAAGUGCAACGGAGCAGUGCCAGAGAAGACGAAGAAGAAGAAGAAGAAGGGCCACCGCCCCCUGCCGGUGACCAAGAAGAAGGAGGGCAACCGCCCCCUGCCGAUGACGAAGCAGACGAAGAAUUGGUGAGAGGAAUCACGCAGUUGGAGGAGCUCAUCGAGAGACUCGAAAGAAGAGCCUGCGGCUGCCUCAACGGCCAAACGUCGCUGCCCGUGAACGGCAUGCGCAACGGGCGAGGGACGCCGCACCGAGCACUGCAGGUCCGCGUGACCAUCCCGCGGCAGGGCCAGGACAACCACAGGCAGACCUACUGGAUCCCGCUGGCGACAGAACUCGGAAACAUGCCGGACAUGUUACUCUCAGGCAGGGUGUACGUCAACCGGCCCUCCGGCGACACGCCGACACGCGUGGUCCGCAUCGAGCUCAGCGGUCCGGAGGACCCACCGGCCGACCCGGACACAAGCAUCGGGUCGGCACGCGCGACCGUCCCGGAAUUCAUGAACUGGAUCGAGUUUGAGGUCGACUUCGAACUCGACGCCAACGACGUCAACAUCGAGGCAUGGCAGGAUGAUAUGCCGGCUGUUCCUUUCAUAUCGGUCCGGGAACCUUCCUCGAGCGAGCAGCGUCGACGAGAUACGCGUGGUGGUGGCGGCGGUGGUGGCGGCGGUGGUGAUCAUAACGAUGAUGACGAUGACGAUGACGGCGGUGGUGAUAAUGGGGACGGUCAAGGUGAUCGGGGUGAUGGUGACAAAGAAGCCCCACCGCCCUCUGGAGGUGAACCGCAUGGCGGGAUUCCGAAAAACCCCCCUGGCACCAGACCGCCAGGUACGGAAGCUCCCACGGGUGGCGGCAAUGAAACCAGAGAAGCCCUUGGCGACAACACUGGCGAUCCACCGGGAACGAAAACCGCAGACGAUAGCACUACGAUCGAAGAGAUCGACUUAUCAGAGCUGCUAAAGCUGACCGAAAAGACUGGCAAUACUCCUACCCAAAGUCAGUCGGGAACAGGAACCGCAAACGAUAGCAGCAUUGAGGAGAUAACUAUUGACGUAGGGACAACCACCGCAACGGCCACGGCAGGUACCCAAGCGGGGUUAGACCCGAACCAGCCAGGCGUCGACGAAGACAGCUGGUUCGCUUACGAGCAGAGCCUCCUGGACCAACCCGCCACCGCGACCGGCGGCCACAAGCGCACGGCCGAGGCCGCCGGGAUCGACGACGGCGGCGACGGCCAGGGCGGCGACACCUCGCGCAAGAGGGUCGGGGGACACAACAAUCCACACGGCGGCCCUCCACCCCCUCCACCCCCUCCACCUGACGAUACUCCACCUGACGAUUCUUCUUCCCUCGACUUCUCGGGAUUAGGGGCUACCGACAUGAGCACACCGAAGCAGAAGGCGGAUCGCAGGGGGAUCAAGGACGUGACCAGGAGUGUCGGUAAGAUGAGCAUACAGAGCAAUAGUUCAUGA